UCUGGUUGUCCUAGACACUGACCCCAUAUAAUUGCUCCACUUUAGCACAAAAAUAAAACUUUUCUUUUGAUAAUUUGUUACAUUUUCAUUUGUUGUUUUGAGGACAACACUACAUUGCAAAUCUCAUACAUAAACAAAGAUUAUUGUUUCAGAUUAAUGGAAUAACUUAUGCAUUUGAUUAAUAUUAUAAAUCAGAUACAUCAUUUAUUCGAUCAGAAAAAAAAAUAACAAGACUCUAAAUUAUUUUGCCCCUACAAGAAUAUUCAUCCAUCACACACACACUCAACAGUUCCAAUCCACAAGUUCCAAAUAAACAAUAAAUACCACACACACACACAACACAUACAUUCCAUCUCAGAAUCAAAACCAAAACAAAUCAUAGACUCAAACAUUGUCUCAAUAAUCAUCUUUGGUAACAAUCUAAAGAUGAAGAUUUUCAACUCUUUUCCAAUUGUUCUACUGCUAAUAUUCUGCACCAUACACAUAACAGUAGCACAAACCAAAACACCACAAACCAAAAACACAUACAUAAUUCACAUGGACAAAUCAACCAUGCCAGAAACAUUCACUGAUACCGAUCACUUUAACUGGUUCGAUACAUCGCUAAAAUCAGUAUCCGAAACAGCAGAGAUUCUCUACACUUACAAGCACAUAGCUCAUGGAUUCUCAACAAGGCUAACAAGCCAAGAAGCUGAAACACUUCUUAAACAACCAGGAAUUCUCUCUGUUAUCCCUGAACUUAAAUACCAACUUCACACAACAAGAACACCAGAGUUUCUCGGAUUGCCGAAAACAAACACUCUUUUACCUAAUUCAAAACAAUUCAGUGAGGUUAUUAUUGGUGUUCUUGACACUGGUAUAUGGCCAGAGCUAAAAAGCUUAGAUGACACAGGACUUGGUCCAAUACCAAGGAGUUGGAAAGGCGAAUGCGAAACCGGUAACAACUUGAAUUCAUCAAAUUGCAACAGAAAACUGAUUGGUGCAAGGUUUUUCUCAAAAGGGUAUGAAGCAACACUUGGUCCUAUUGAUGAAACAACAGAAUCAAGAUCAGCUAGAGAUGAUGAUGGACAUGGAAGUCAUACCUUAACAACAGCAGGUGGUUCUGAAGUAGCAGAAGCUAGCUUAUUCGGUUUAGCUUCUGGUACUGCAAGAGGCAUGGCUACACAAGCGCGUGUCGCGGCAUACAAAGUGUGUUGGCUUAGUGGUUGUUUCACUUCAGAUAUAGCUGCUGGAAUCGAUAAAGCUAUUGAAGAUGGUGUUAAUGUCUUAUCGAUGUCAAUUGGUGGUAGCCAAACAGAAUACUAUAGAGACAUCAUUGCAAUUGGUUCUUUCACAGCAAUGUCUCAUGGAAUUCUAGUUUCUGCUUCAGCAGGAAACGGUGGACCAAGUGCCGAAAGCUUGUCCAACGUAGCACCGUGGAUAACAACAGUCGGAGCAGGAACAAUUGAUCGCGAUUUUCCAUCUUAUAUAUCACUUGGAAAUGGAAAAAAUUACACUGGUGCAUCACUUUACAAUGGAAAACCUUUACCUGAUUCAUUGCUACCACUUGUUUAUGCAGGUAAUGUUACAAAUUCCUCAGUUGGGUAUCUUUGUAUACCUGAUUCAUUGAUAAGUUCAAAAGUUGCCGGCAAAAUUGUGAUAUGUGAAAGAGGUGGAAACUCAAGAGUUGAAAAGGGUCUAGUAGUAAAAACUGCUGGUGGAGUUGGAAUGAUUUUGGUUAACGGUGAAGAGUAUGGUGAAGAGUUAAUUGCUGAUCCUCAUCUUAUUCCAGCAGCAGCAUUGGGUCAAAAAUCAGGCACAAUUCUAAAAGACUACGUUUUUGCUACGAAAAAUCCAACGGCUAAUAUUGUUUUUGGUGGUACACACUUGCAAGUUCAACCUUCACCAGUGGUAGCAGCAUUCAGUUCAAGAGGACCAAACGGCUUAACACCACAAAUUCUUAAACCGGAUAUAAUAGCUCCGGGUGUAAACAUACUAGCCGGUUGGACCGGUUUAGUUGGACCAACCGGUUUAACACUUGACAAAAGGUACGUGAGUUUCAAUAUUAUAUCAGGAACUUCAAUGUCAUGUCCUCACGUGAGUGGUUUAGCUGCGAUAGUUAAAGGAAGUCACCCUGAAUGGAGCCCUGCUUCUAUACGGUCGGCGCUAAUGACCACUGCAUACACCUCAUACAAAACCGGACAAACAAUUCAAGAUGUUGCAACCGGGAAACCGGCUACUCCCUUUGAUUUUGGAUCAGGACACGUGGAUCCUGUAUCAGCCCUUGAUCCUGGCCUUGUUUAUGAUCUCAGCGUCGAUGAUUAUCUUGGGUUUUUUUGUGCUUUAAACUACACGUCAUUUCAAAUCAAAAUUGUUGCAAGAAGAGAAUUCACGUGUGCCAAGAAAUAUCGGCUUGAAGACUUUAACUAUCCUUCUUUUGCUGUUGCUUUGGAAACUGCUUCGGGAGUUGGUGGUGGUUCAAAUAAACCGGUAACAGUUGAAUAUAAUAGGGUUCUCACGAAUGUUGGAACUCCAGGAACAUAUAAAGCUUCUGUGGUGGUGGAAUCUUCGUCAGUGAAGGUUGUGGUUGAACCGGAGAUUAUUACUUUUAAGGAAGUGAAUGAGAAGAAGGGUUAUACGAUUCGGUUUAUUUCUGGUUCGAUGCCUUCUGGAACGAAGGGGUUUGGUUAUUUGGAAUGGAAUGAUGGGAAGCAUAGGGUUAGAAGUCCAAUUGCUUUUAGUUGGACUUGAGAUUAUUUAUGGGUUGGAACUAAUUUAUGGUGGGCUUUGGGAUAACUAAAAAUGUGGCCCAUGAAAGUUGAUAUUGUAAUGCUUUGGAUUUGGGCCCAAUUAGGAAUGGAACAAAACAUAGGUAACGAUGGUUUCUCUUCCCGCUCUCCGUGUUUUUUUUAGGCCUCUCUGGCACACAAAACCGAAUUUAUUUACGCGCUAGAGGGGCCUAAAAGAAACUUGGGGAGCCUAAAGAGAAGCCAGCAUAGGUAAGGGCUUGUGAAAAUAUUAUGUGUUGCUUUGCUGUUUAUAUUUGUUAUUAGGGACAGUUCAAGUAAACGUUGAUAAGGAAUUAUAAUUAUUAUUGUAUAUGAACAAAACAGUGUAAAUGUGUAAUGGUGAAUCUUAUCUUAUGUAUAACAAUGGCUUUGAAUUGUGUAUUCUACUCAUG